AUGGCGCGGGCGGUUACGCCGGCCAUGCAGGAACAAGGCAAAGGGGCCAUCGUCAACGUGUCGUCCGGCUCCGGGUUCAGCGGUUCGGGCAGUUCCAUCGCCUACGCUGCGUCCAAGGCGGCGCUGAACGUGAUGACGUACUCGCUGGCGCGCGCCCUCGCGCCGGAGAUACGGGUCAACGCGGUGUGUCCGGGCGUGAUGCAGACGCGGUGGUGGCGGGACGGCCUCGGCGACGGCUACGAGGCAUUCAUAGACCGGUACGCAGAAUCUGCCCCGCUUAAGUCAGCCGGUACCACCGAGAUGGUGGCAGACCCGGUGGUGUGGCUACUGGAGGGUGCGGAACACGUUACCGGUGAGACUAUCCUGGUGGACGCGGGUUCGCACUUGGGGCCGUCGCCACGGCGGUAG